UCUCAUUUCUCGAACGGAAUUAUGUAGGUGGGGCUAUACAGCUUGCAUCUGAUGGAGGCCCGGUUGGCCAAGGAACGGGACCUGGUCGUCACCCAAACCUCCGCUGAGCAAAAUACUGUCGCUGCCCUUGCAACUCUGGAGGCCGAACGGAUGGCCUUUGCUGAGGAGAGGCAGAAGCUUGAGAAUGAGGUGGGGGCUUCGAGUUCAACUGGCCACUACCCAGGCUAAAAUUUCUGCAGCUGAGGCCGUUCAGGUCAAGUUUGCAGAAACGGCUCCCCGCAUCCCGGACGGUCCUACUGAAAUUGAUGUGGAUCUGUCCGCCGUUCGGGAUAUGUUUAAAUCCUCUGAUGAAUUUACUGCUAUCAAGGAGGAAUACGCCCGGCAACAACUGCCAGCCAAUUUUGGGGCUUAUCUCGAUCAAUUCCCUCGGGGUGACGUCCGGCGUCAAGAAGGGGUGAAGCUGCUUGAUCAGGAUCCUCUGCUUGAUCAACUCCUUGACAAAAUCCCUUUAUGUGAUGGGCUGUCAGCAUAUCCUGGCCCCCUUCGUGGCCAAGCUUCAAGAAACGCUAGGGAGGCCGGUCGAGCUUGCCGAUCUUUCCUCGGUCCCCAUCGUUGAGACCCAAUUUGAGAAAUAUCAAAGGGACCUACAACGGGCCGCUGAUCGCGAAGCGGGGAGAGAGUCUGAACCCCCUUCUGACUCGGAUGAGGAUGAAGAUGAUGAUGGUGAUAAGGAGGCCACUGAACAAUAGUUUUUAUCAAGUAUUUUUAGUAUUUGUAAUUUCCUCCCCCUUCUCCUUUUUUGGCAUAUGAUCAUUGUACUUCCCGGCUAGUAGAGCCGAUGAAUAUAUCUGAAACCUUUUUUGCUCAAUGCUUUAUUUAUUAUCUUUCUUGUCUUUAUCAAUUUCUUGCUUUACCAGUCGGUAAUCGGUCUGUUUCAUGGGACUUAGCAAUUUCUUCUAACCCUCAUUUUUUUAUCAUUUCUCUGUAUCGCCGUUCGGGCUUCCGACAAUUCACCAGGACUUGGCCCCUUUUUGUGUUCCUUGUCAUUUGGAUUGUCGUCCGGGCUUCAGACAGUUCUGUAGGACUUAGUCGUUUUUUCGAGCUUUUUUAUUCAUGAUGCUCCAUCAACCCAUCUAACAAAUUUAGACAUCACCACCCAUUAUCUUAGAUUCUACAAGUCGCUCAUUUAGCUGCUGAUCUUUUCUUCAUCUUCUUAAGAUGUUCCUGAUGUGUUCAUCGUUCGGUGUCUCUAAUAUGGCUUCCUUAAAACUGUUAUCCGUUCUUCAUGAAUCACUUAUCGGUCGAUCGGGGUACGUGCUGGAUCAUCAUAAAUGCGUCAUAAUUUCGCGCAACCAUAUUCCACCACGUGUUUGCCAUGGGUUAGGGUUUUGGGCGGCAUCUUUACUUAUAGAGGUGCUUCCUUUUUACUUUUUCUGUUGCUUCUUUAAUUUUCUCUUGCCUUUCUUUAAGCUUUCUCUCUCUAGAGUUCUUAGGCCCCCUUGAAUUACUAGUGCCCUUUUAUGUUCUUCUCCUCUAGCUCAGAAUCUGAAGAAAUGUCGUUGAUUCGUAGAGGAAAAACUUCCGUUGUUAGCAAGGCCGGGGGCUCAUCUUCCCAAGCACCCGUUUCUACAAAUCCUCCCAUAUCAAAAGAUGCUGAACAGCCUUUAGAUGACGGAUUUCUUUCAGGAGAUGAUCUUAAAAUAUAUAAAAAGGGAAUGCCCGAACGGCCACCUCGCAUUCCUUUGCAUUUCACCCGUAUUCGUAAACAACGGCAACGCCUUCCUGAAGACGCCGAACGGAAACUUCGCCAACUUUUGCCUCCGCUUAGGGAGUUUUAUGCUGGAUUCAUUAGGCAUCCCAUGAGGCACCGACCGGGGCACAUGCUUGUGCAUUUUGAUGCCUUAAUUGCUAGGCUUCGAUUCCCUCUGCAUCCAUUCAUUGUGGAGUUCUUGCGUCGGGUUUCUGUACUCCCUGCUCAAUUCAUCCCCAGCACCUAUCACAUCCUGAACGGUUCCAUCAUCCGUUGUCAUGAACUGGGUAUUGCCCCUAGUGUUGACCUGUUCUUGUAUCAUUACUGUUAUCAACCCUACUGGACUACGGGGUAUCUGAAGCUGGUGGCUCGAAUUGACCGUUAGAUGUUCACGGAAAACCCUACAUCGCCGGCUGAUUGGGAGGAACGGUUCCUCUUUGUUCGUGUGGGUGCUUCACUUCCAUUCCCUGAUCGGUGGAAUGCUUAUCCUGUUCGGGAUUCUGAGCCCAGACUAGAUGUCGUUCUGCGUUCUCAAACUGAUUCUCUACGUGUGGGAGGAACUCGGAGUCUUCGGGGUUUUAUUACUCCUUCCAAGUUGUUAGCUGCUGGGAUCGGUAAGUUCAUUUGUUUUUUAUUGACCCGAUCGAUCUUCAUUCCACUCUGUUCCUUAUCUUUUAUUUCCUCCUUUGCAGGUGUGAUACCGCCUAUUCCCGUUCAACAUCCCACAUCUACCACCACUCCGUCUGCCUCCUCUGGGAAAGGCAAAGAAAAAAUGGUUAUCGAUCAGACAAAUGUUGAACAACCUCGAAAGAAGCGUCGGGUAGAUGACGGUAGCCAGCUUAUCCCGAUCGAUCACAUCGUUGAUUUGACCGGUCCAGACGCUGAGCCGAAAAUGCCUGUUCUCCCUCAGCCCAAGAAUCCAGUUUUUACAAAUACACCGUUCGAUGAUCGGAUGUUUGUGGAGUUCUCUAAUCUGGGGCCCCGGGCAGAGGGAAGAUACAUGUUCGGGCAAACACCAGCCUCUAUGUGGUGUAAUACCUCUUUGAAAGCUUCUCCCAGUUUUUCUAACUUGACCCAUUGGUCUGACCUGGUGGAGGCAAGUCACCCGGAGACUCUCAAGGUAUAGAUCAUUUAAAAAAAUUCUUAUGUUUACAUAUUUUUUGAUUUUUUAAAUAUUUUUCGGCCAACUCCAUCUCCAGAGCACUGACCUUAUGUAGGAUCACGUCAUAGUUGGGAAGGUGGGUGUAACACCGACCCCGAGCAUAUUUACUUUUAGUAAAUUAUGUAAUAAACCUUGAAGAAUGAUUUAAGAAAUUGUGUGAUUGUAAAUUUUUUACUAUUUCUUUUACGUGAAUAGUAAAUUGCAUGUGGGGCCCACAGCAGGAACGGGGACCGCCCGAUAAUUCCUGAACCACAUAUUAUAUUCAUCUUGGUCUAGAUGACACCUACAUAGAGGUGGAUAUUUUAUUUGGGCCAUAAGGAAGGCAUAGAGUUGACGGGUCGGUCAAACGGGGCCCAAUUACCGGUAUUGGUAAUUUAGCGGAUAACAGCCCGAAAUGAGUUUCGGAGACUCCUAAAUUAAUGUUGGGGAAUGUACAUCUAUUUUAAAGGCCCAUAAUUAUUGGGAACGCGUGAUAUAUUUUAUUUGGCCCGAUAAAAUAAAAUAUGAUUAAAACGGGCCGAGGAAUACAACUUUCGGGGCCGAUUGUACACACCAGGAUAUAAUGGGAUCGCCUCCCACAUUAGUGGGGGCCACCCCACGUCCUCAUGUGUCCUAGUUGACUAAGGGAAGGCUGGAAGGGACAUGAAAUGAGGGGUGGGCGGACUGAAUUGAUGAGGGAUGGCCAAAGGCACCAUCACACCUCCUAAGGCCCUACUCAUGCAUUAUUUUGAUGCUUGAUUGAGUAGAGUGGCCUUCCACCUCUCUUGCACCAUCUGAACAACCCAAGAGGAGAAAGACUCCAGGAAAGUCUCUCAACAUACCUGCAGUUGGAGGGAGCAACAAGGAGGAUAAUCCAUAGAGGAAAAAGCUAAGCCUUGAGGAGUCGAAAUCGCCGGAAACCGCCACAUAUAGGGAGCUGUUCGUAGUUGCAGACUCCGAAAGCCGCCCGGCUUUGGCCCAGCAGUCCAGAUUUUCACUUUCAAUCGGCCUAGAACGGGGAUUGAUCGAGGGGCUUAACAAAGGCAACUAUUGUAGCACAUCACGAGGUGAGGAUGGCUGACUAUAUUGCUUAUAAUUGUUUCAGGUAGAACUUGAAGGUUGCUACCAUCACCCGUGGCUCCGGGAAGAUCAAGGGGGGAGAAGACGCGAAAUGGAACGUACCGGGAAAGUAACUAGAAGGAACCCGACGGGCCGAGCACCGGGAGGAUCCGUGCAAGGCAGUAGGGGGGCUUCUAGGGCAUCCAGAGGACAGGGCCGUGGAGGCCAAACUCAGACCGUGAGUGACGGUUAUGUGGAAACAGUCAAUGAGUCUUAUGAGUCCGAGGAGGAUUCGACGUAUCAAGCGGGAACUGAGCCGGUUGAGACCCCAUAUGAUGGGGAAUAUGAUGAUGUUAGUGAGGGGAGCGACGAUGACG